CAGGUUGACAACGUCAUCCUUCUAGACAGGUAUAACCCACGCAGGCAGAUCAGGGGAACGUUCUACAUAACAUCUACCCAUUCAAUUUUCGUGGACCCAGAUGGCAAGAAGGAAGUCUGGAUCUCACACAUGCAUAUCUCAACCGCGGAGAAAUUGCCCCCACUGAAAUCCGGAUAUCCGGUUCAAAUCCGCGGAAAGAACUUCAUCAACGUCACGUUCGUUAUCCCGAGAGAGAAGGAUUCAGUUGAAGUUUUGGGAACGCUGAGUGUGCUAUCGAGACCUGCAUCUCUGGAUGACUUGUACGCGUUCAACUAUAGUGGCUCCAACCCUGAUCUCAAGAGUGAAGGUUGGGAUUUUUUCGACUUGCAGUCCGAGUACCUUCGUCUGGGUGUUCCUAACGAGAGUUGGUCCACCAGCUUCAUCAACAAGGAGUACGAGAUAUGCGACACCUAUCCCAGCUUCAUAUACGUCCCAUCCACAUCUUCAACUCCGAUGCUGAUUAGCAGCGCCCGGUUCAGGAGUAGAGGUCGCUUGCCAGUUCUGUCCUAUUUGCAUAGGUUCAAUCAGGCUUCAAUCUGCCGCUGUAGUCAGCCCUUAGUCGGUUUCAGUGCCAGGUGUCUGGAGGACGAGGCACUCUUCCAGUCUAUCAGGAAGACUAACCCUACAUCCAAAUAUCUUUGUGUUGUUGAUACCAGACCUAAGAUAAACGCUCUGGCCAAUAGGGCUCAGGGCAAGGGCUACGAGAGCGAGGCCUUUUACAGCAGCGUGAAGUUCCAAUUCUUCAGCAUCGAGAACAUUCACGUCAUGAGGAGCAGUCUGCAGAAGCUUGUGGAAGUCUGUGAGCAGCAGAAUCCAUCCAUGUCGUCAUUCCUCAAUGGCUUGGAGUCCAGUGGCUGGCUGAAGCACAUCAAAUCAAUCAUAGAUACGUCGGUCUUUGUUGCCAAUACGAUCAUAGAUGGCAUUAGUGUCGUAAUACAUUGCAGCGAUGGCUGGGACCGUACUUCGCAAGUUUCGUCUCUAUCUUCACUGAUGUUGGACCCCUACUAUAGGACAAUUGAAGGAUUUCAGGUCUUGAUUGAGAAGGAGUGGCUGGCGUUCGGCCACAAAUUCACGGAGAGGUGCGCUUUUACUGAAGCCACUGACGCCAAAGAGGUCUGA